AUGGCCGGUAUUUCUGAAACGCUCAAGUACGACAUCACUAUCCGCCAACAACCGUUACACGCCCGGAUUUCGGCAAUGAAAGUUUCGGAUCGCAGACCAGUUGACCCACCCAUUAUCGUUCAACUCAAUGUAACCGAUCCCAGUGGCUCCCCGGCAGACAUUUCAGCAAGGUCUAUUGAUAGGCCCGCAAAUCGAACGCCACAUUUAACAAACCCAUACUACUUUAUGUAUGCGGCCCUUGUCACGACCAACGGUGAUCAAGACAUCAAAUGUGAGAAUGGAAAACCGAGCACAUCUGGUGCUCUGGUCUCCUCUGUUCGUGUCCUCAAAGACCACCCCAACUCGGACGACGAUGCGGCCUUUUUUAUUUUCCCUGAUAUCUGCGUCCGCCUGGAGGGAAGUUGGAGAUUUAAACUGAGCCUUUUUGUGAUCGAGUCGGAUGUGGUCAAACCAUGUGCUGUCACCUUUUCUCAGCCCUUCUUUGUAUACCCCGGGAAGCUCUACCCCGGAGUUCAAGUAUCUACUCCCUUGACGCGUGCCCUAGCCGCUCAGGGCGUCAAACUGCGCAUACGGAAAGAAGUUAGAGCUUCAGACAAAACAGCCAAUAACACGUCGCCGUCCAUAUCUCUGACGAACCCAGAGCUCCCGAACUCACCGAUGAACGCCAUGUCAAGUUUUUCUUCGCCAUCCCGAACUUACCUUCGCGACAACGAAUCGUCAAGUUCGUCUCCAUAUCACAACAACGAGAUAGAGUUGAGUCAAUCCUCGCCUAAACGUCUAAGGACGCUAGAUGGGAUGAGCUCUACGUUCUCUCCGUCGACGGAGAUGAGAAUGGGUGGGAUGCAACUCCCGCGAGCGUUUGAAGGGCUGGGUUUGGGACUGGGAUUGGGCUUGCCAUCUGCAAGCUACAGUCACCAGUAUCGCCGUUUGUCUCACGAGUCGCCUCCAAAUCCUGCUUUUGGCUCUCGCAGCCAUUUACCUCCUCCCCAACAGCAAUGGACGCCAACCACAGUCCGCCCGCCGCUCCCCAACCAACACCUUCCCCAGUCAUUCGAAUUCACGGUCCGCUCUCCAUUUCCACCGCAAGGGGGGAACGCGCGAGGUGGGCAGUCGGACUCGGACGACGAACGGGAGGGCACUGGGGGCGCUUUAUGGUCAGACCAUCUUUUACGGCCUUCGCAUCCAUCGCCAGAGACGGCUGGCGCUGGCAGCGCCGCUCCUGCCCAUCGUCAGGCCGGAAUGACCAUGUAUGCUCCCCCGCCCAUGAUGGAUUUACCAAUCUCCAUCUUCCAAACGAGUACGACGGGCUCACCAAUCGACUCGAGCGAAGAAGACCUUGACCUUGAGAUUGAAACGGAGAGUGGGGCGGCAGAUGCGGGCUAUUCUUGGACAAGUUCAAGACCUGUUCGAGAAACAGACUCCACUCCGCCCUCGUCACAACGGUUGCCACCCUUCUGGUCGUCAGGACACGUGACAACAUUCUCUGCGAGUGAACCACGCACUUUGUGGCCGAUUAGUCGGGCAACGGGCAGUCCCAACUCAGGUUUUGCAUUCUAG